AUGGGGAGUGCGACGCUCGUGAUUGGCGUCUUCCUCGUCGCGCUCUUCACCGCUAGUCACCUAGUCACGGGCAGCGAGGCGUUCGGCUUGAGCGUCAAGGCAGCAACGGCCGCGGGCAUCAGUGCAGUGAGUGACAGCAUCAAGAAAGCAGCAGACAAGGUGACCACUGCAGCGACCGGCACGAGCAGCAAUAAGCCAACGGAUCUGGCCAGCGAUGUGCUGACCGACAGCAACAAGCAGGCAGCAGACACGGGCAGCAAUGUGGUGACUGACAUGAGCACCAACAAAGCAGCGGACGCGACCAGCGAUGUCGUGAGCGGCAACGAGAGCAGCGAAAAAGCAACCGGCACAGGCGGUGCUGUCAACGAGGCAUCAGGCGGCAAGGGCAGCAAGGCAGUAGGCGGUGCUGUCAACGAGGCAUCAGGCGGCAAGGGCAGCAAGGCAGUAGGCGGUGCUGUCAACGAGGCAUCAGGCGGCAAGGGCAGCGAGGCAGUAGGCGGUGCUGUCAAUGAGGCAUCAGGCGGCAAGGGCAGCAUGGCAGUAGGCGGUGCUGUCAACGAGGCAUCAGGCGGCAAGGGCAGCGAGGCAGUAGGCGGUGCUGUCAACGAGGCAUCAGGCGGCAAGGGUAGCGAGCCAAAAGGCGGUGCUGUCAACGAGGCAUCAAGCGGCAAGGGCAGCGAGGCAGUAGGCGGUGCUGUCAACGAGGCAUCAGGCGGCAAGGGCAGUGAGGCAGUAGGCGGUGCUGUCAACGAGGCAUCAGGCGGCAAGGGCAGCGAGGCAGUAGGCGGUGCUGUCAACGAGGCAUCAGGCGGCAAGGGCAGCGAGGCAGUAGGCGGUGCUGUCAACGAGGCAUAA